GCUGUUCCGGCCCGAGCUUCACGUCGAAACAACGAGGGGAGUGUAACCAAGACUCCCGUAGACGCUUCGCUUUUCUCCUUCGAAGCUGGUUUUUACUGCUCUGGACCUGAGUGGACGGAUUUGCCGUGUUGACAAGGAUCAGGAAGCUGUGCCGGCUGUGCUUUAAGAAGGCAACAUGGCUUCCCAAGCUGAUCUGAUGGAGCUCGACAUGGCCAUGGAGCCAGACCGCAAGGCAGCAGUCAGUCACUGGCAGCAGCAGUCGUACCUGGAUUCAGGCAUCCACUCAGGAGCCACCACAACAGCGCCCUCUCUAAGUGGGAAAGGAAAUCCUGAAGAAGAGGAUCUGGACAACAACCAGGUCAUGUACGAAUGGGAGCAGGGUUUUAACCAGAACUUCUCCCAGGAACAAGUACAAGACCUUGAUGGUCAGUACGCAAUGACCCGUGCCCAGAGGGUGCGUGCCGCAAUGUUCCCCGAGACAUUGGAGGAGGGCAUGCAGAUUCCCUCUACGCAGUACGACUCCACAAAUCCUACUAAUGUUCAGAGGCUGGCAGAGCCUUCGCAGAUGCUCAAGCACGCCGUUGUCAAUCUCAUCAACUAUCAGGACGAUGCAGAGCUGGCAACAAGAGCCAUCCCUGAACUCACCAAACUUCUCAAUGACGAGGAUCAGGUCGUAGUCAACAAAGCUGCCGUGAUGGUCCACCAGCUUUCCAAAAAAGAGGCUUCCCGGCAUGCGAUCAUGCGCUCCCCGCAAAUGGUCUCUGCCAUCGUCAGAACCAUGCAGAACACAAAUGACGUGGAGACGGCUCGCUGUACCGCCGGGACGCUCCACAACCUGUCCCAUCACAGAGAAGGGCUGCUGGCCAUCUUCAAGUCGGGUGGAAUUCCCGCUCUAGUUAAAAUGCUUGGGUCCCCUGUGGAUUCAGUUUUGUUCUACGCCAUCACCACCCUGCACAACCUCCUACUGCAUCAAGAGGGGGCCAAGAUGGCGGUCCGGUUGGCCGGGGGCCUACAAAAGAUGGUGGCUCUGCUCAACAAGACUAACGUCAAAUUUCUGGCCAUUACCACAGACUGUCUACAAAUCCUCGCCUAUGGGAACCAGGAGAGCAAGUUGAUAAUCCUGGCCAGUGGAGGCCCUCAGGCACUGGUGAACAUCAUGAGGACUUACACCUAUGAGAAGCUGUUGUGGACCACAAGCAGAGUGCUAAAAGUGUUGUCGGUGUGCUCCAGUAACAAACCUGCCAUUGUAGAAGCUGGCGGUAUGCAGGCUCUGGGGCUUCACUUGACCGACCCAAGCCAGAGGCUCGUGCAGAACUGCCUUUGGACACUUAGAAACUUGUCAGAUGCUGCAACCAAACAGGAGGGCAUGGAAGGUCUACUAGGAACCCUGGUCCAGCUGCUUGGCAGCGACGACAUUAAUGUGGUGACAUGUGCGGCUGGUAUCCUGUCUAACCUGACGUGUAACAACUACAAAAACAAGAUGAUGGUCUGCCAGGUUGGUGGUAUUGAGGCUUUGGUUCGCACUGUGCUGCGGGCUGGAGACAGAGAGGACAUCACUGAACCUGCCAUCUGUGCCCUGCGUCACCUCACAUCCAGACACCAGGAUGCCGAGAUGGCGCAGAACGCUGUCAGGCUGCACUACGGCCUCCCGGUAGUCGUCAAACUGCUGCAUCCGCCAUCACACUGGCCGCUUAUUAAGGCUACAGUCGGGCUGAUCCGUAACUUGGCUCUGUGUCCGGCCAACCACGCUCCUCUGAGGGAGCAGGGUGCCAUCCCAAGACUGGUUCAGCUGCUGGUCAGAGCUCACCAGGACACACAAAGACGCACCAGCAUGGGAGGAAACCAGCAGCAGUUUGUGGAGGGAGUUCGCAUGGAGGAAAUUGUGGAGGGAUGCACAGGAGCACUUCACAUCCUGGCUAGAGACGUCCACAACAGAAUAGUGAUCAGAGGGUUGAACACAAUUCCGCUCUUCGUGCAGCUGCUGUACUCGCCCAUCGAGAACAUCCAGCGCGUAGCUGCGGGCGUCCUGUGUGAGCUGGCCCAGGACAAAGAGGCUGCCGAAGCCAUUGAGGCGGAGGGAGCCACUGCACCGCUCACAGAGCUGCUGCACAGUCGCAACGAAGGAGUCGCCACGUACGCGGCUGCCGUUUUGUUCCGUAUGUCCGAGGACAAGCCCCAGGACUACAAGAAGCGCCUCUCUGUGGAGCUCACCAGCUCACUCUUCAGAACAGAACCAAUGACCUGGAAUGAAACUGGAGAUUUGGGUCUGGACAUCGGCACUCAGGGAGAACCACUGGGCUACAGACCAGAUGACCCAAGCUACCGUUCCUUCCAUGCGGGAGGUUACGGUGCAGACACAAUGGGUAUGGAGCCCAUGAUGGACCAUGAUCUCGGAGGCGGCCACCACCCUGGCCAGGACUACCCCCCAGUGGAGGGUCUCCCUGACCUCGGACAUAGCCAGGAACUGAUCGAAGGCUUGCCGCCUGGUGACUCGAACCAACUGGCAUGGUUUGAUACCGACCUGUAAAUUCCAAGACCUACUUUACAUAACACUUCGUACUCGCUGUAUCAUGUGAUCUGGAUGAACCUGCAUCGUGAUUUGCCCACACGGAGGAGGCGGGGUUUCUGAAAGUGCCUGAAGAGACUAGACAGCAAAGUUUCCUGUCUAUGGGAACUCUAUUGGGACAAACGAGAUAUAAGUGCAGUUCUGUGCUGGUCUUGGCCAGACGGUCGGUUGACUUCAAAUCCUGACGUGACAUGGAUUUUAUUCUCCAAGGUUGAUCUUGAAAAACCCUUUUUAUGUAUUUUUUCCCUUUUUUUUAAAGUUCAAUUUAAGUCUGUAAUGGUACAAAAUGAUUCUGGCUUGCUUUGUUCAUUCUUCUGACUUAUACCCAUAUCCUGUUUUAUUUGUUUUCAUUUUAGAGAUUCUUUGUUUUUACUUCUGUAGUGUUUUGUUUUUAUUAUUUUUUUUAAGUGGUGAUGCUUCAUCCAAGUAAAGAACCUGAUGACAUUUUAAGUGGUGUCCAAACACUAAAGUUAAUCAGUUGAAUUGUAUUCUGAUGAUCAAUGUAACAUUGUGUAGCUUUUGUAUAAAACAAAAAUUGGAGGUUGUGGUCCAAAUAUCAAGCUAUUUUCUUGCUUUAAAGGUGGACACCAAGGUGUUCCUGCUGUUCCAAAGGGGGUGUGGCUUACAUUGGGAGUGAA